UUGAAACUGCCGCUUCCGGAUGCGAAAUAAACGUUUGUCUGAAGUCCUGGCUCUUCCAAUUGGCCAAUCAAGACAGCGGCGGAGGCCCCGCAUCUGCGUUACAAAGGGGCAGAAGAGGCGGAACCCCGGACUGCUGGGAACCUCGGCGUCAGGGUGGAGAGCGAUCAAGACUCUUCCUCCAAGGAGGCCGCUGGUCUUGGGACCAGAGAGGUGGAACCUAGCCUGGGCACCUCCUGUGAAGAAACGACAACCCAGAGCCGGUGACCUUGCUGUGAGAGGCGGUGGCCCAUGCCCAAGAAGGCGGAGACUCAAGACCCCCUUCAGCUUCGGCUGCUCAGUGUGGAGCUGCUGAAGCAGCUGUGGGCCGGCCAUGAUGCCAUGUGUCGGUCGGUGGCCAGAGCAGUGUCAGAGUCAAACCUGGACUGUAGCAGCAACAGCGGCAACUUAGAAAAGCCACUGUCCCAAGAGACUUCUUCCACUUCCUCACUGGCCCCCAGCUCACAGGACAGAAGACACGCGUGGGACCCACUGGACAGUCCUCGAGAUGACAUGUUUGAUAUGUCCUGGGACGGCAAGGCUAGCUCCAGGGCGGACUCUCUCCCACCUGCCAUAUGCCAACACCCGGAAGCCCAGGAUGGACUGGGGUCCCCCUCAGAGCCAUUGCUAGCCACUGAAGGUCUGAAGGGGCCAAUGCCUUUGACAGGACCAAAAGGUCUGGGGCCUCACAAGACACAGGCCCCAAGGUCUGGCCUGUCACAACCAAGCAGGCCGUCUAAGCCCAAAGUGACCUUCUCCCAGGAGCCUGCAGUAUCUGAGAGCAGCUGGCGAUCCCAGUCGUACCUGGGCUCUGACUGGAUUACAGGGUCCCUAGACAGUUGCUCUCCAGUCACCAGGAAACCCGAGGCCUUCUUCUCUAUGCUGCAGAGGUUUCGAGAAACCAACAAAGACGAUUGUGUUUGCAGCUCCCCCGAAGCUGUGUUCCCAGGUCUACAGGAAAGCAGUGGUGUGGAAGAGGACCACGAAUGUGUGUACUGUUACCGGGUCAACCGACGCCUGUUUCCUGUGCCGGUGGAUCUGGGUGCCCCUUGCCGUCUUUGUGGGACACCCCGGGACCAGAGGGGCCCUGAGACUCUGGAGGAGCCCGCGCAAGUCAGGGUGAGCAUCCCCCUAUCCAUCCUGGACCCUCCACACCGAUAUCGAAUUCAUAGACGGAAGAGCUUUGAUGCAUCUGACACUCUGGCUCUGCCUCGGCACUGUCUGCUGGGCUGGGACAUCCUCCCUCCAAAGUCUGAGAAAAGAUCUGUCCCCAAGAGCCUGGACCUCUGGUCUUCUGUCUCCUGUGGAUCGCAGCGCCGGCAUCUGUCCACCACCAGCCCAUCCCUCCUGGCCUUGCCAGCACAGGUCCCACCACCGAUCUGGUCAGAGCCUCAGGCUCUCCAGCCCAGUCCAUCCCACUAGAUUGACUACCACGAAGGGACAGUAUUCUGCUAGCCCCCUCAGCUUCCCCUGAGGAUGUCGCACCUGAGAGCUGGAAGCCCUCAAGAUGAGGCUGAAACCUGACAAGAUGCCAAGUGGCUCUGCUGUCUCUCCUGGAUCGGGCAGAUGAGAGGGUCCAGGUCUGGCCCGUCUACCUCCCCGGGGUCUAGAAAGUAGGGACUCUAGGGUAGAGGGGAGGAAGAGCUGUGACUAGUGUGUGAAUAAAGCUCAGGGCCCUACACUUCCUGUCCCAGUGGAAGCCUGUCUUUCCU